CUGUCAGUAUGUGCUAGUUUCCAUCCAAACCAGCUUUACCCUUAGCGCAGCAGACAGCACUAAAAUGGCUGAGAAGAUACUGAUCGUGUACGCCCACCAGAGUGCUGGAUCGUUUAACGCUGCAGCCAAAGACGCGGCUGUGAAAGUUCUGACAUCUCAGGGCUGUAAGGUGGAGGUGUCUGACCUCUAUGCCAUGAAGUUCAAAGCCUCUGCUACUGCUGAAGAUGUCACUGGGACGGUGAAGGAUGCUGAACACUUCCAGUACGGAGAGGAGACCAUGCUGGCAUGGAAGGAGGGCCGACUCUCUGCUGACAUCACUGAGGAACACCGCAAACUUUCUGAAGCGGCGGUUGUCAUAUUCCAGUUCCCAAUGUACUGGUUCACUGUUCCUGCCAUCAUGAAGGGCUGGAUGGACCGGGUCCUCACACUGGGGUUUGCAUACACCUCAGAGAAGCGGUACAGCCAGGGCAUCUUCAAGGACAAGAAAGCCAUGCUGUCUUUCACCACUGGAUCCCAUGAGUCCAUGUUCAGUGCCAAUGGCAUCAAUGGAGACAUGAAUGUCACCCUGUGGCCACUGCAGAAUGGCAUCCUGCACUACUGUGGCUUCCAGGUUCUGGCUCCUCAGAUCUUCUGGGCUCCACCCCACAUCCCCUCUGAGGCUCGCUGCAGUAUGCUGGAGGCAUGGCGCACACGGCUGGAAGGGCUUCUGGGAGAAACUCCGCUCUACUUUACCCCCUCAGACAGCUUUGAUGGUGGGCGGGGCUUCCAGCUUAAAGAGGAUAUCCAGGAGAAGCAUGCAGCCAAUAAGUUCGGCCUGACUGUUGGAACCCACCUGGGCAAGCCCCUCCCACCCAACAGCCAGAUCAAAGCUGGUGUGUGAAGGGUUCUAGGAUAAUGUCCUGCUCUUCUGUACCUGGGUAGUUGACGUAAUAACCUUUGACAUGAUGGCAAAUGAAAUGACUUAAAUUGGGUAGCUUGUGAUAUUAAUAAAAGCUUCAAUCAUGAGUAAAGUCAUGCAUCAUUUUGUCUUAAUGUUGAACCUGAUGUGACAACUGUCCACUGGUGACUGUUCUCAUUAAGGUUGUGAAGGUAACUAAU